AUGUACAGAGUAUUGAAUUUAAGCCCCUGGCUUUGUCUUUGUGCCAUAAUAAUGAACUGGAAGUUAGGGAACUCUGCACUGCUUUUCACCACCAACUCCGAGUACGGGAUCUUCAUGGCUAUAUCGGUGCCCAUCGGAUUGCCACAUCGGAAUGUGUUCCUUUCGUACAAUUACGAGUUCAAUUACUAUCAACCGGAGCACGUGUACAAAUAUCCGCCGAUUUUGAUGGGCCAGGACUUUCAGGAUGGCUACCUGACGUAUCCCACCACGGGUCGCGAUUCCAAGGGCAGGCAAUGCCAAAAUUGCACAGAUUGGAAACUGGAGGGGAAUAUCACUUCCUCUGCGAAUGCCUCUGAAGUGGCAGCAUCGCGGGAAAAGCGGGGCUUGACCCUAAUGAGUCGUUCAGUUUUUUAUGCCAUGCUGCGGGAUAAGCUAAGGAGAUCUGGUUUUCCUCCCGAAGCCUGUUUGCUGCGUUUGAUAUGUGAUACAAAUGCCUCCCAGCUGGGCGAUAUUAAUGGCUUCUUGGGCAGCCUAGUUCACGUUAUAUUCAGCCCCAGCAGCUCCAAAGAUGAACAUCUGCCGCAUGAGUAUUACCAGGCUGAAUUUGAGGGAAGAGAGCACAGAGACUGCGCGGCCUAUACCAAAGACUGUGAAGAAAACGUCUUGGACCUGAUUUCUGUGCCACUGGAACAGGCGCUUAAUGAUAUAGCAAGUCGCCGAAGAAGAAAAUAA